GUCAGUAUCCUGAAGUGUGAGUGGUACAGGUGGACAGAACACCUUAAACUGACAAGGGAUUUAGUUGUUCUUUAGUGCACAGGACAGCUGUUGAAUGGCUGCGGUUGCUUUCAUGAGGAAGUGGGAUUGAGAGUUAAAGAGUCUGUGGGGCUAUAAAUCUUCAGUGGGACUUCGGUCAAACUAGGUCUUUCUUAUCUAUACUGCCGACUUCCAGGUGUGGUGAGUGGGGCAUGAAGUCCAGAGUUUAAUAUCAUAGCUAUGCUGUGAUGAGAUAGUCGGAUCUUACAAUGUCUACAGAGGAUCUAGAACUUAAGUCGUGUGCCUGCGCUGAUGAGGGACUGCACCAUGAACACGCGGCAGAAUGGGAGCGCGGGAAAGCGGAGCGCGCGCGGACUCCAGUGCCGCUCGCUCACCAGGUGGCUGGACACAAGUACGGCGUCCAUAACGUCGGUAUCCUUAAGCACUUUGAUGGCACAGUACUCAAACAGAUACAGCCUCCUCCCAGAGGCCCAUGUGAGAUGACUUUCUACACACAGGUGUUUGCCCAAGACUGCACAGAUCCACACCUACGGGCCUUACAACAACACUUACCCAAAUACUAUGGUAUAUGGUCAACUUCGGAUAAACCAAAUGAGCUGUAUCUGAAGCUGGAGGAUGUGGCCGGCAGGUUUGCAUGUCCAUGUAUUAUGGAUGUGAAGAUUGGGAGGAAGAGCUAUGAUCCGUUUGCCUCACAAGAGAAACAGGAAGAGCACAUUAGAAAGUAUCCUCUAAUGGAAGAGAUUGGGUUCUUGAUCCUAGGAAUGAGGGUUUACCACAUAGCUUCAGGAACUUAUAUUACCCAUGAACAGUUGUAUGGACGCAGUCUGACAAAGGAAACAAUUAAAAAUGGAUUAGCUAGAUUUUUCCAUAAUGGAGAGGAGCUAAGAAAAGAUGCCAUUUCUCUAAGCAUCCAUAAAAUCCGUAAAAUCCUCCAUUGGUUUGAGGGCCAAAAGCAGCUCCACUUUUAUGCCAGCUCUUUGUUGUUUGUAUAUGAGGGCUGUCUUUACAGACCCAAUACAAAAAACAUAAGUGUAACUCUGACAGGAAAGAGACAUAGGCAAGCUGAGUUAGAGAACAAAUGUAAUGCUGACCUCACUAGCUCAAAGUUGAAAAGCUCCUUUGGGCAGGUAAGCUGUAAUAGCAUUCUUGAAGGCUUUCAUUAUGUGAGGAAAGCGAAUGGGUUUGGAUCUCACUCUUUACAUCACCAGGCUAAGGGAAUCACGGCUGACAUGGAGGCAAACAUAAACACUGCAGUUGAAAACAAGAGCUCAAAUGGAAGAAAGGAUGAAAAUGUGGAGGUCAAGAUGAUUGACUUUGCCCAUGUGUUUCCUAGUAACAGUUCAGAUGAUGGCUACAUGUAUGGAUUGAAAAGCCUCCUAUUUGUUCUGGAGCAGAUUCUGCAAGACUGACUACAGGUCACCCAAGAAUUGAUUUUUUUUUUUAAAUGUUAUAUAGAGUACUGUGCAAAAGGCUUGAUGCACUGCUCAUUUCUUCAUAUUUUGUUUCCAAAGUGUCAGGGUAUUUUUUUUAUGUAGUCUUGAGGAAUAGUUCUCCAGUAUUUCUGAGGGACUUUUUUGGCAGUCAGUUUUGGCAAUUUUUUUGCUUUAAUUUUCAGUAUAGUCCCUAUACUUGUAUAUGUUAAGCCCCACAAUGACUUAUGAAUCGUUUAAGCAUGAAAAACAUCUAAGGCAUAAACCAGUGAGAGACAAGUGCAGACAAUGAGAGAUGAUCAGGUAGGUGAUUAGUACACUGCUAAUACUGAAUUCUGAGUGGUUGGAACAGAUAAGAGGCGAAAUUAGGUUGCUGCUGAGGUUUUUUAAUAAACAACCAUUUUUUAAAUUGUA